UACGCGCCCAGCGCCUACGCGGAUCGUCGCGGUGCUCGUCGUCCUCGUUUGUCGUCGCUGGUGGUGUAGUUCUCUUAUUUUUUCAUUUUUUUCACCCUCACGAAUUUUUACGCUAACCCGUGCGUGCUCGCAACAAGGCCGGUCGAACGAGACACCGAGAGAUAGAGAGAAAAAAAGUACAUCGUUUCAGUUCGGCUGCAGCCGCUGCCGCCGCUGCUGUCGCUGUUCUUUUCUCGACCGGCUUGCGUGGAGCGUGCGUCUUUCUCGUCGGUGCGAAUACAGUGGUGGAAGAAGAAGAAGCAUACGGGAUUUUACACGCUCGUGAGGACUGGCUACACGUUUCUCUGUCUGGCUUUGGAGCUGGCCGGCUCUACGCAUCCCGCUAGGCAGUUCAGCAUGAUAUGAUAACAGCGACCGAGGAUAACUCCCCCGCAAGAUGAAGAAUCCUUACGUCCUCGCGUGUUUCCUGCUCGUUGCGCCCGGGGUGCUGGGCCUCACCCUGCAGGAGGACGAUCUGGUGUUCGACGACGUCGGCGAAGAGGGGACCAGCACCGCAGCAACGGUGAUCAGUCGUCGUUACGACGAGCGCAAGGCCAACUGGUUCGAGCAGAAGUAUCCCCACGAGAUUAAGAGGCACCAAUUCGACAAGGUGAACAACGUGCCCCACGUCGUGGUGCCAGUUGGCCACGUGCUUAAGCUUCGUGUCCACAAGGAAGCGUUCACGGGGCCCGAGGAUUACUACGAGUUGUUCGACACGAGCGGGAACAAGCUACUUCGAUGGCUGUACUGGGACGACGCGGCGUCGACCCUGAUGGGCGUCCCGACGAAGAAGGACGUGGGGAGCCGUCGGCUGAGCGUGAAAGUGGUGCCGAAGGACGACGUCGCCACUACGAAGGACCUGUUCGUCGUGCAAGUGGUCCCCGAGAAGCACGAGGAAUUGAAGCACAGGGACGGAAAGACACACUGCAACGAAGGGGAGGAACAGACGUUGCUGACGAUACUGUUGGACGCAAAGUUCGACAACCUCACGCCGGUCACGCGAGUCAACACCAUCGAGAACCUCGCAGGAUUUCUGGGACUUCACGUGAGCGCAUUUUCGAUGCAUCCGCAAAACGCCAAAGAGAAUUUCAACGCUGAUUCCACGGUGAUCCUUAGCGGGCCUGGAAACGUGAAACAUCGGAAAGAGAAACAUCUCACGGCAGUCCAAUGGCAGGUCGGUUGUGACGGUCAUUUAUGGAGACACCAGACAGAUUUGGUGAAACAUCUGCGAGAACAAGCGAAGGAUGGCACUCUGGCGGAAGUAAUGCAACUUCCGGUCCUAUUAUGGCGCGUUAAAACGGAAUCGAGCCUGUUACUAAGAAGCAGAAGAGAGAGCGGUUCCGGACAUUAUAGUAAUCCGGAUUACGACAGUUACGAUUAUGAUAUUGAAUACGAUGGUGAAGAUGGCGAGGAUGGCGAGGAUGGUGAGGAUGGAGAGGACGGCGAGGAUGGGGAUGACUCGCAAGUACAGCCAACGUUCAUGCCCGAAACUAAUCCUAGGGAAAAUCUUGCCCCGGAACAUCCUCACAGGCAUCACCAUGGGGAGGAACCUAUCGAUUGGAACACCGAAGAUGAUAACGAUGAUCUUAUAAUACCCGACACUCAUCCAGACAUAAUAGAGAGUGUAUUGAACAGAACCACUACAGACGCCAUGUCAACUACAACAACCACUGAACUUACAUCACCACCAUCAACAACUCCAACAACCACCACCACGACGACUACCUCAACUACUUCGACAACAACAACAACAACAACAACAACAACUCAACAACCACCCUCGUCAACGGCCACUAGUACUACUACUAGCACAACAACGAGUACAACAAUAGCAGAUACAACAACAGCAACCAUUAUGCCGACCAUCAUUGUUCCAUCGACCGAGCCACCGGAGAAAUCGGAGAUAACGAUCGAAGAGACAACGAAGAAUACCAGAUACACGGAGACUGAUUCUUUAAAUGUCUCAUCUGUCACUAUACCAGAACUCACCACCAUCCCCCCUUCGGUAAUUGUACCCCAUUCUAGCACCAUUACCACCACUACCACUACUGGAACCAUCCCUACCACUGUUGUUGUCGAAAGGACGGAAACGGAUGUGACCAGUGGUACCAUUAAUGUCACUACGGAAGAGCCGACAGAACAGUCGUCUAUGACCUCGACGAAACAAUCCAGUACUCUGUUACCUGUCACAGUACCUGCGAACACUACAAUCACAACCACAACUACAGCAUACGUUACAUUCUAUAACACUACAACUACAACACCAAUAAUAACGACACAGAUGAGAACAACGCCAACUACCACAACAACCACCACCACCACCACCACUACUACUACCACUAUGGCUCCAACCACUGCCAGUACAACCACCACCACGACCACUACCACUCCAGCGCCGACCAGCGCUGCUACUGAACCAGCUAGAGUUAUCACGGAAACCGAGUACGAAGUUCACAACUUUGUACCUAAACAAGAUAGAAGAUUGAAGAAAAUACCUGUCACAGCUGGAAAACCGUUAAGCUAUGUCAUACCUGCCAAUACGUUUAGCGAUAUAGAAGAUGGAGAUACCAGGAAUUUGAGACUAAGUUUAUAUCUACAGGGUGCACCGUUAAAAUCCACUCACUGGUUGCAGUUUAAUCAAAAAACACAGGAAGUUUAUGGAUUGCCACUAGAGAACGAUAUUUCUACCUGGACCUACGAAUUGGUAGCUGCCGAUAGCGAGGGAUUAAAUGUGACAGAUCGACUUGAUAUUCACGUACAGCAGCACAAGCUUAGUCGGACUGUAAAUCAUGAAUUUAGUAUAUAUUUAAGGAUCGAUAAGCGAACUGAAUUUCCUACAGACGUAGAUUGGGAGCUAAAGGUAAUUCGAAGUAUAGCCGAAUUAUAUGAAGAUAGCGAUACCAGACAUAUUACUGUUAGAUCAGUCGAUAUCGAUCGCGAUCAGGCGAUUUUCACUUGGACCAAUGAUAGUUUGCCUAGAAGCAGCGAUUGUCCUAAAGAUUAUAUCAACGAUUUAUUACAUGUUCUGAUUGAUAGAAAUGGUGAUCCUAGUUCUUCGCUGAGAAAUGUUCUUCUUCCUGAAAUUAGAGUAAAACGAGUAGUUUAUCAAGGCAUUGGGCAAUGCGAAGAUAUGACCCGUCCAGAAGUGCCAAAAGUUUCCACGCAGGAGCCUAAAUCAAAUUUCCCGCCACUACCAAGAAAUCAAGUGGAUCUUGUCAAUGCCACUGUUGGUCAAUUACUUGUAUUUAAAGUACCAGAGGAUACUUUUUACGAUGCAGAAGAUGGUUCCGCAAGAAACAUGAAAAUGUCUCUUCUAACUAUUGAACGCAAACCUAUUCCGCCAUACGAGUGGUUGCAAUUCGAUAGUAAAAAUCAAGAAUUUUAUGGAGUACCAAUGCGUAGUGACGUUGGACGUAAAGAAUAUCAAUUAGUAGUUACUGACAAAGAAGGUGCAAGCGCCACCGAUGGCCUAGUGGUUGUGGUUCAUUCUGCUCCUUUUAUGCAACACACAGUAGAAUUUUCCAUGACAUUGGAUAUCCCAUAUGAAUCAUUUGCACAUUCUGCUCUUCAAAAGCGCAAUUUUAUUGAAAAGUUACGUGAUUUGUACCAAGAUAAAGAUACUAAUGCAAUCUCAUUGCAUAGCAUAUCAAAUGGUAGCACAGUAAUCACGUGGCACAACAGAACUUUGCCUACCUCGUAUUGCGCGCAUGAAGAAGUUAGCAGAUUGCGUUCAGUGCUUGUUAAGAGUGAUAAUGAUCGUCGAUCCGUUACAGAUGAAGUCCUUGAGAUCAUGGGUUUAAAAUUCCCUGUUAAACAAAUCACUGUGAUUCCUAUGGGCAUUUGUCUUGGCGAAUUAACAGAUGUUCAUUCGCGUGACAAUCAUGUUCCACCAGUGGACGAUUCCACUUCAGUUGGGGCGUUCCACGAUGAUUAUCUUAUCACAUUCGUCCUACCAGCUAUAAUAAUCGCCAUAAUGCUCAUUUUAGCAGGCAUCAUUGCAUGCGUGUUUUAUAGACGAAGGCGUAGUGGGAAAAUGAGUGUCAGCGAACAAGAUGACGAAAGACAAAGUUUCCGUAGCAAGGGAAUACCGGUUAUUUUCCAAGAUGAAUUGGAUGAAAAACCAGAUCCAGGUAACAAGUCUCCUGUCAUUUUAAAAGAAGAGAAACCACCGUUACCACCUCCCGAAUAUCAAAAAGCCGAAGACGGUGCAGAUGUACCAAUGUUGCCAAAGGAGAAUUCCGAAGAACCGUACCAACCACCUCCACCAUUCGCCACGAACCGCGACACUAACCGUCAGAAUCGUCCUAAACCCACUCCUACGUACAGAAAACCACCUCCAUACGUACCUCCCUAACAAAAUACGGUUCAUUCGCCUACGCGCAAAUAUAUGUUAGCGAUGCUCGGAGACUCCCCAAUUCACGCGCAAAACCAAACUAACUAUCAGAAAAAAUCUCAGCUUGCCGGUAAAAUCGACAACUGCGGAUCUCUGAACGUAUACAACAAUCUUAAGUAAAAAAGAAAAAAAAAGAAAAAAAAAAUGCUUUCGUUCGUCCCGGCAUUCAAUAUCAAUAUAUAAUAUAUCGGUAUUACGAUACAAGAGAAGAUGAAAGAUCUGUUCAUGAGAAUUCACACCAAAAGUCACGCCCAUUUUAUUUACUUUAUUAUAUAAUCUACAUAUAUAUAUAUAUAUAUAUAUAUAUAUAUAUAUNAUAUAUAUAUAUAUAUAUAUAUAUAUAUGUAUGUACUCAUUUAUCGCUAUUUAUCCGCGGUAUUUAAAGGAAGAGAAAGAAAAGAAAUAAGAGGGAAAUCAUCCAUAAAUUUCUUUUCUUUUUCUUCUUCAUUUUAUUUUUAUUUUAACAAAUGUACUUUUGUCAUUAUCGACCGUCUUGUAAUUUCACGGGAAACUUUUUCUAGGGAGUGUAUGGGAUUACAAAUCACGCGUUGCCUUUCGUAACGAAUUCAAACUGUAGAAAGAGAGAGAGAGAGAGAGAGAGGGAGAGAGAGAAUGAUUCACUACUCUGACCGGGUAAGCGGAUAUUUUAGGUUUUAGGUUUAUGAAACAUGUAGAACCAGCCAAGUCGUUUAGGGCGAAAUGUAUUUUACUUGAUAAUAUGAGGAUAGGAAAAAGAACCAAUGUGUAUAUGCAGCAAUGAUACUCGUUAAAUAUUUCAGUAAUAUCAGUGCCAUUUUUUAAGCAAUAAGGGUAUCCUGCUGUGAAUGAUGAAAAUACAUAUAAUGGUUCUAUGACUUAACACAAUUGUUUAAAAAAAAAAAAAAAAGAAAAAGAAAAACAUGCGGUCUCCAAGUAUCAAAGACUAUCGACUUAACGAAUCUUACAACGUACCUAUAAUGCAUAACGCUGCCAGAUAAAAAAAAAAAGAAAUAUGAUAAUUCGUCGUCGGAUGAGAUAGUUUUAUUGCUAGUAAUUCAAGAUUUUUUUUUUUAUACUAUCCAUUUUAUAAGAGGAAGAAAUAUUGAAAAGGAAACGAAUAUCAGUUUCAAAUAUUCUACGAUUUUAUUGAACUGACCCAUCCGACAAUCGAUUGUCAGACUUAAACGAUUAACUUAGUAAAACGUGAAGAUUUUUUUAAAGAAAAAAAAAAAAAAAAACGUAACUUAAUCGUGUAUAUCUGUUUGCGCGAUAUGCCAUUGCAGAGUGACAGCAAAAUGCUUCCAUUGGCACUGUAGGCCAUGCAAAAUAAAAGAAAAAUUAAUGAUAAUAUAUACAAAUAUAUUAUAUAUAUAAAUAUGUAUAUUACCUAUUUGUCGUUCGAUAGACAGUCUGCUGCAGUUACUUAGAUCAAUGUUCGAAAACACUGCCAGAUCCACCUCAUAUAAUAUAGCAUUUACAUUGUCUUGCUCUUUUUAUUUUUUUAUUUUAUUUUAUUUUUAUUCGCAACAACGGGCUUUCUACUCGUUUUACGCACAAUCUGACAAGAAAUUGUUUUUUUUUUUUUAAUUAUAACUAUAUUCCGUGACUAUUAUUUAAAGUUCUUUGUUUCUAUUUUUUAUAAAACUUGAAAAACAAUUUUAUCUUUUAAUAAUUCUAAAUCUGUUGAAAACUUAAUUUUAAUUUAGAUUUUAUAUAGUUACCAAGCCAAAAAAAACUAACUAAUUAAAGCAAAAAAAAAAAAAAAAUGGGAUUAAAUAAGAUGAAACAAAAGGAGAGAAGGACAAAGUAAUAAGACCUACUUUUUAACAUAUACAAACAGGCGUAAACCCGUACAUCCUUCGGCGCAUACGCAUUUUUUUAUAAGAAUAAUUUUAUAAUCUAUCAAACUGCUCUGUUGCAAAGAAGAAUUCUAACUAAUUUCAAUGAAUGAAUAAAUUAAAAAAAAAAAAAAAUAGAAAAAAUAUGAAUUGUAAUUUUUUUCGUGGGAUACGGGUAUGUACGCAUUGCCGUUUCUUCAAUACCUCGAUAAUUUCCUGAUAUUUUUUAAAAGAAGAAGGAAAUAAUGCGAGAAAUCGAAAGAAAAGAUGAAAAAAGGGAAUAGAAAAGAAAAAGAAAAAAAUAUGAUAUCUUUCGCGUACCUCGAAUUUGAAGGCUCCGUUCAUUCACUUUUUCGUAAAAUGAAUAGGUAGUUAAUAAAUCUACAAAUUUGGGGUCACUCCUAUUAAAACUUGGUAUGAAUGAUGAUAAUUGUGUAUGUAGAAUGAUAAACGGAUGUUUCGUAUGCAAGCUAAAUUACAAUAUAAUAUAUAAUACUAUUAAUUCACAUCUUUAUAAUGUAGAAGAUGUAAGUAUAUUAACAUGCGACUAUCUCUUGAAUUCAUUUUCAUCGUGUCUUGUUUAUCGCAGAAUAUCGAAUAGAUAUAGGUAUUUUACUCCAUGAAGUAACGUUGCGUUCUCAUGAAACGAACAAGAUAUUACAAACUCGUUGCGAUAUAUCACAAUUAGAAAUCUCGGGAGUAUUUUCUAUUUUUGUAUCAUGUUUUAAUGUAUCAACUGUUCAAGAAAAUUAAAAUGUCAUGGAUCGACGAGACAAACCAUGCUCGAGCUAUCUUUAAAAAAAAGAAAAAAAAAAAAAUUGAAAUCUUUUUUUACAAAAGAGAAAAAAAAUAUACAAUGAAAAGAAAAUAAAUGAAAAUAAAAGAAGCUCGAAUCGUGGAAGAGAAUAUAUCAAUCGUGUAUAAUCAAUUGCGAAAUACCAUUUAAAGACAACUUUCUGAAUCUCUGAUCUGUGACCUGCGAUAAGCAAGAGAAUUCAUAUCAUGCUUUUAAUCAUAUCAUCGCGUAAUUUUCAUGCGCUACAAUUGUGUUACUGUGACAGAAACGACGAAUAUGUAUGAUAAAUAUGUACGAUAUUUAUAAAAUACGGAGAAUAGAAGAAAAAAUGUAAAGAAAAAAAGAGGUUAGGUCUGAUGAAAAUGAAAAUAAGAAAACAAUUGUCAUCUA